CGAUGUCGCUGCCGGUCGCCUCCGGCCAGUCCGCCCCGGCGCCGAAGCUCCCGAUCGGCGCCCGGAGCGCCGGGGCACCCAGCAUCGAGGAGCUGCUGUGCGCGCCGAGCCCGUCCCGUCGCCGCGCUCCGAAGCCCGCGGCCGCGGUGGGGUCCCCUGCGCGGGCGCUGCUCUCCAGCAGCCCCGGGGCUGGCGGCUCGAGCUACCGCGAGCGGCUGCGGGCCAGCGGCGUGGACGCGCUGCACCGCGUGCACAGCGGCGCCACCCCGGGCGGCAGCCCGCUGGCCUCGCCGUGCGGCUCCCCGUCGGGCAAGGGGAUGCCGCCGAUGCAGCUGUCCUUCGGGGCCGUCCCCACGCAGAUGGGCCCCGGCCACGACGCCGCGGCCAGGACGCCCCCCGUGAUGCAGCUCGAGCAGCAACUGCCCUACAGCCCCUACUGCGGCGCGCCGCAGGUCGUCACCUGGACCGACGUGAGCCCGACACCAUGGCGAGCACCAGCUUCGUCACCCCAGGUGGCUCCUCUGGCAUGGCGAGCUUCUUCGACAUGGGGCAGAGCCAGGUGGCGUCCUUCCAGGUGCCCCCCCCGCAGCAGCAGCAGCAAGUGCUCUCGUGCGAGCCGAGCCCCCAGCAGCAGGUGCCCGAUCUGAUGGCCACCGCCAUGCCCCACGCGGCCUGCUGUGCCCUCGACGGGGAGCAGAUUGCCGCGCAGCUGCGCGCUGCGGCCCCAGACAGCUACGAGGCGAUUGCGCGGGCGCUGCGCGAGGGGCAGCGGUGCCAUUGGAUCGGCGUGGAGGACAGGUUCAAGGCCACGGGGGGCGCGAUCAAGUUUCGCCGCGACAACAAGAUCUUCAGGGCGGGCUGCCUAUCGAACUGCGUACUGGCCCGCCCCGGGAUGCACGAGAGCUGCCACAACGUCGAUCCGAACAACGAGAACCACGUCUCCCACGCGAUGGUACGCCUGGCCGUCGCCUACCGCAUGUACCACACAUACAAAGACUUUCAGGCCUCCUACAGCGACGUGUACGCGUUCGAGGCCUCGACGUACAACCACCUGCUGGUGUCGCGCCGCACCGACGCGGCGGCGGGGCCUGGCGCAUCGGCGCACCUGAGGCGCGCGGCCGCACGGCCGGGGCUCGGCGGACCGAGCACGGCCCGCUCCGAGCCGGCGAACCUCCGCGCGAGCGCGGGCCGAGGCGGUUCGGAGCAGAUGAGCCCCAGCGUGCGCCACGAGGCCGAGCGCGGCACUUUGUUCAUGCGCCUCAGGGGGGCCGUUGGUCCGUGCAGGCAUCGGUCCAUGGACACGAUGGCUCAAGUUUUUUUGGCUAUGCAAGUGGCCCGCGCCACGAUCCUGGAGCUCGCGCGCGGGAUCAGCACCGGGGCGGCCCUGUGGGGCGCGACCCACCCGUGCCCGACCUGUGCACCUGUCGUGUAUUGCCCAGCGGUGCCCGCCUCGAUGUGCGUCUGCCCGACGCCCUCUCCGCUGGCGGUGGCUGGUGGCGCGCUGCUGGUGGCGCUGCUCAUCAUCGGCGCCUACCUGCUCGGUGCGCCGUGGGGGCUGCCGACCCGCGAGGUGCGGGUAGGGCACUCGCUCGGGCCGCAGGUGGCGGUGACGGACGACGCGACGGCGCUGAGGCAGCAGGACGACGUGUUCACCGCCCAGGCGGACCUGAAGAACUACUUCUACCACUUGGGCAUCUCUGAGGAGCUGUCAGAGUUCUUCGCCCUGCCGGCGAUCGACGUCAGCCUGCUUAGGGCCAGCCCGCAGUCCAAGAAAGCCGUCGGCAACGCGUACCGGCAGAAGUGCGACAGAGGUGCGCACCUUAACGAGGAUCGGGAGGAGUUCGACGCCUUCGUGCGAGCCCACGGCCGCUCGUACCGACGGGGCAGCGAUGAGUACGAGCGCCGCAAGGCGCUCUUCCGGCGCCACGCGUGGACGGUGGCGGAGCUCAACAGCGAUCCCGACCGGCACUGGGACGCGUCGGUCGGCGAGCUGGCGGACUUCACGGAGGGCGAGCUGGCCGCGCUGCGUGGCUACCGCCCCGGCGCCCGGCCCCGCGGGGCGCCGGCCCCGCUGCAGCUGCGCCAGGAGUCCCGGCCCGGGGAGGAGCUGCUGGCGCUGGACGGGCUGCCGAAGGACUGGAGCUGGAAGAAGCAUGGUCUGCAGGCCAUGCGGCACGUGGAGACGCAGGGCAGCUGUGGUAGCUGCUGGGCCUUCUCGGCCUCCACCUUGCUGAGGGCCCACACCGAGCUGUACCGCGGGGGCGACCGCAAGUUCUCCCAGCAGCAGAUCCUCAGCUGCACCCGCAACCCGCAGAAGUGCGGGGGCGGCGGCGGAUGCUCUGGCGCCACCGUCGAGCUCGCCCUGGACUACGUGCACCGCAGGGGCGGCGCCCGCGGCUCUGAGACGGGCGGCGAGAGCUUCGGGAUGACGGGCUACACCCGCCUGCCAGAGAACGAGCUGGCGCCCGUGCUGCUCGCGCUCUACCAGCGCGGGCCCGUCGGGGUGUCGGUCGCCGCGGAGACCUCCUGGAACUUCUAUGGCAGGGGCAUCCUCUACGCAUGCAGCAAGGACGCCGUCAUCAACCACGCCGUCGUCCUCGUGGGCUAUGGCGAGGACAGAGGCAAGCUCUACUGGACGCUGCAGAACUCUUGGGGCAGGCGCUGGGGCGAGGACGGCUUCUUGCGCCUGCGUCGGCACAGCCACGCAGAAGAGAGCCAGUACUGCGGAGAGGACCGGAAACCCGAGCAGGGCAGUGGCUGCAAAGGUGGGCCGAAGGCUGUGACGGUCUGCGGCUCCUGCGGCAUCCUGAACGACGCAGUGGUGCCCAAUUUCCGGAGAGCCCACGACCACGGAUCUGGGCGGAAGCAGCGCAAAAAAGAGCGGUCGCGGGAGCUCGUGGUCAUGGCCAGUUGCUUCGUCAGGGCGGGGUAUCGUGUGGCAUUGCCGGUGGAGAUCUUGUGGAGAUCCGUGGUAUGGCACCAUGUGGUAUGGCAUGGCUACGUGUGCUACGACCUGGUCUGCAACCAGGAAGCCGGCCUGGCCCGCGUCGAGGUGGAGGGCGCUCUCACCGCCGGCUUCGAGAAGCGAAACUUGGCCAGCCCGGCCGGGGGCCAGCACGCGUCUGCGGGCAUCUUCUCCGUGCGUGGCACGGUGUCCGUCGUCAGCAGCACGAACUUCUUCUCCGCGUCCCCGAUGGGAGUCCGUGGAGGUGUCGACUACUGCAGCGGAGGUGUCGUCAGGUCCGUCAACACGGCCCUUCUGCAGAAGCGUCUGGACGAGGAGGACAUCGUCAUGCUCAACGCCAUCGGGACGAGCCCAACCGGGGAAUCGUACUACGUGUCCUCGGAGCAGCUGGCCGCGACGGUGGCGCAGAAGCUGAAGGCCAUAAAGCUGGUCUACAUUACAAAGGGCCAGCGCCUCGUCGACGAGCGCGAUGGCCUCGUGAUAUGCGGCAUCCAGCUGCAGGACGCCUGCAGGCUCGUCGAGGACCUGGAGCGCAACCGCCCGCCAGGCGCGGGGCAGCCGCCGUGGUUCAAUGACUUCUACCGGCACUUGCGACUGAUCACCGAGGUGGUAUGCGGAGAGCUGGCGCUCCUCCGCCCGCACGGUCGGCCGCUGCGGGCGAUCCAGGUCCCCACAGCGGAGGCCGAUGCCAGCGGGGCGCUGGCGGGCGUUGCGGCGCGGACCCUGAAGGGCGGCCUUCGCAGCGGCGCGCGCCCGCCUCCCGAGCGGGCAGACGACAAGGAGUUCUACACCACGGACGGGAGCGGCACGGUGAUUGCGCAGGACCUCUACCAGGGCAUCGUCGGCGCCGCGCCCAGCGACGCCUACCAGAUUGCGCAGCUGCUGCGGGACGACACCGACGACACCUGGAGCGCAGAUCUCGUCGAGGCCAGCUGCUCCAACGGCGAGUUCUUCGCGUGGAAGCGCGACGAGGUGAUCCUGGGCUGCGGCCAACUGGUCCCGCUGGCGCUCGAGGGCGGCGCGGACGCCGGCAGGGCGGCCGGCCGGGCCGCGGAGCUGAGGUGCUUCUGCGUCGCCGAGAACAUGUGGGACACGCACGCCGCCGCCCUCUUCGCGUACGCCGAGCGCGCGGCCGCGGAGGGCGGCGCCGUCGCGGUGGUGGUGUACCUCGGCCCGGAGGAGGCCAAGCGGGCCGCCUGGUUCGCCUCCCGCGGCAUGCGGCCGCCUACGGCGGCGGAGGCGGCGACGCUGCCCCCGCCCGCGGGCCGCAGCCUGCUGGUGCUCCCGCUGAACGAGGGCGCCCUGCAGGAGGCCGAGCAGGAGAUCGCGGUGUUCGCCGACGAGCAGCGCAUGUGGGGCGCCACGUUCCCCUGA